AAUAUUUCUGAAAAGAAAGUAGUAGAAAAAAUUUUAAUUAGUUGCACAGAAAAAUAUGAUACAAUUAUUACUGCUAUAGAAGAAUCAAAGGAUAAUGAAAAUUUAACAGCAAUAGAAUUAAUGGGCUCUCUAGAAGCAUAUGAGAAAAGACUAAAUAGGCAGAAUGAAAAUUCUUUGGAAAACACCUUUCAAUCUAAAAUAAAAAGGAGGUCUCAAAAUAUUAAAGAUGGCUGGAGAAAACCACGAGAAAAUUCUAGAAAUAGCACAUAUCCUACUUGUGAUAUUUGCAAAUAAAAAAAGUCAUUUGGAAAAAGACGGUUGAUUUAAAGGAAAACCACAGUGCAAAGUCUCUAGAAAAUUUGGGCACGUAGAAAAAGAUUGUCGCUUUAAAUUCCAUCAGUGUGUUUUUGUCGAUGCUGAGGCUCCAGGUGUCAAGAUGACAAGCCCUUCAUACCAAUCUACAGAAGUAUCCAGGGAGAAAGCAAAAAGUUUGGGUAUGAAUUUCGUUCCUAGGGAAGUGAGUCUUAAGGACACCGUUGAAAGCCUAAAGGCGAAUGGUUUUGUUAGUGUUAUAUAUUAUUGUAUUUGAACAAGAUAUGAUGGAAAACGACAACAAACAGAACAUAUCUUGUUUUGUUACCCCAAUUUUCCAUAAUUUGUUAACACUUAGGUAAUUUGAAGUUUUGAACCUGUUCCCUUCAAAUUAUUUCAUUUGGGUCAAAUAUUGUUUAUCAUUUUGCUGCUUUUAAAUUUGUCAGUAACAGUGGGAGACCCUCAUCAUCUACAAGUUUUCAUCCCUAUGGAACAUGAACUUGAGAUUCUAUAGCAUAUUUUGUAAAGGAGAUGUUCUAUGAAGCUGGAUAUAAAAUUACUCUUGCUCUUUUUGACAUUUACACUGACCAAACUUUGGCAAAUGGUCCUGAGCUUGGAAGUGACAGAUAGUCCACGUAACAAAUUUAGAAAAGGACUGUGUAACAGCAAAGAUAGGAACCUUUUUUGCCAUUUUGUCACGUGGAAGUUGCCUACUGAUAAGACUUCAAUUCAUUGAUAUGUUUUUAAAGAUUUUUUAUUCAAUGAUACUCCAAUACUGAUUGGUAUUUUUCUCUAAAAAGAAAUAACAAAAAGGAAAUGAAAAAGGAAAAUUCGUACCAAAAAUUUAGUAGGUGAUCUGUAGUACAACUUUUCUUAGUACAUUGGGUUGGUAGGUCAUUUUUCCCAUUUCUGGCUUUCAUUGCUUUCCUAUAAGUACAACACCUAGCAGAGAGAGAGAAAGAGAGAGAGAGAGAGAGAUAGUCAUGAGUGAAGGAGAGCAAAAGGUGGUGUGUGUAACAGGAGCUUCUGGUUACAUAGCUUCGUGGGUGGUGAAGCUCUUAUUGGAGCGUGGAUACACUGUCAAAGCUUCUGUUCGAGACCCAAAUGAUCCAACGAAGACAGAACACUUGCUUUCACUCGAUGGAGCUAAGGAAAGACUACAUUUGUUUAAAGCUGAUUUAUUGGUUGAGGGGGCUUUUGAUGCUUUUCAGACGUUGUAUAUUGUGAGCAGCAGAAGGAUAGAAGAUAAAUCUUGUAUCAUUUUUUCCUAUAUGUUCACUGUUUUAAAUAUACCUUUUCUUUUUCAGCUUUGGUAUAUGGUUUCAAAAACUUUAGCUGAAGAAGCUGCUUGGAAAUUUGCAAAGGAAAAUAGGAUUGACUUAGUCACACUGCAUCCAGGGCCUGUGAUUGGUCCUCUCUUACAGCCAACUAUUAAUUUCUCUGUAGAGGCUUUGCUAAAGGAUAUAACCGGUACGGGAGCUCAAACAUUCCCCAAUGCAGUUUACGGAUUUGUUGAUGUUAGAGAUGUUGCUUAUUCCCAUGUUCAAGCAUUUGAAGUUCCUUCUGCCAGUGGAAGAUAUUGUUUAGUUGAACGUGUUGCACACCUUAUUGAGGCUUUCAAGAUUUUAAAAGAACUGUACCCUUCCUUGAACGUUCCUGAAAAGUGUGAAGAUGACAACCCCCUGUUGCCAAUCUAUCAAGUAUCCAAGGAGAAAGCAAAAAGUUUGGGUGUGAAUUUCAUUCCUUUUGAAGUGAGUCUUAAGGACACUGUUGAAAGCCUAAAGGAGAAAGGUUUUUUUUUAAUGUGUUUAGAUUGAUGUCUUUGAUCAAGAUAUGUUGGAAAACAAUAACACACAGACCAUAUCUUGUUUUGAUACUCCAGUUUUCUGUAAUUUGUUAACGGUUAGGUAAUUUCAACAGGCUCCUUAGCAUCCUUGUUGAUCUGAAGU